AUAUACUUAGUACCAGAGACUUAUUGAGUAGCGAUGCUGCGACCACUCUGCAUUAUUCAAAUCCUGCUACUUGCUUUCCUGGCAAACGAGUCGGCAACUUCGAACACUCAUGUCCAUCGCUAUAUGCUGAGCGGCUUCAAGGCCCAGCACAAUCCAAGGACCCAAAUGGACUACAAAAGACGUCGUACUGUGAACAAAGAUGAGCAGAUAGCAUCCGCUCCCAAUAAUGACACAGCACAGUAUGGACCUUCCAAGGAGCCCGUACUUACGUUGACCAAAUCUGACAAGAAGGUGCCGCUGCAUGAGCUGAUGGUUAGGAUCUAUCAGCAAAACAAAUAUAUGUGCAUGGGCACAUUGAUUUCCGAGAUGCUAGUGAUUACCACCACCACAUGUUUCGAAGAUGACUUACAUGAUGUGGUGACAAUGAAGAUGCACGACGACGAACCCCUCGAAGGAAAAAAGGUGCCUUUCAACCAGACGUACCUGAAAGGAGCGGAUCCCAUGCUGGUUGUCAUUCAACUAACCGAGUCCCCGAAAAAUUCCAAAGUGACUGGCGACACUGUAAAGCUGUGUGACUCGGAGCUGGAAGUAUACGAGCCCAUAGAGGUGCCACUGUGGAUCAGGAGUCGCCACAGUAUUCACUCGCAGACAACGUACACCAUACCGGUUCAGGCGUGCCGACUCCGCAUGAGGGAUCCCGAUGCGGUGGUUGCCACCGACACCAUGAUCUGCGUGAAGAAUAUGAAGUACACCAGAAAGUGCCAGAUGGCCAUCGGGAAUCCCCUGGUCCAUGACGAACGCAUCUGCGGCAUCAAUGUGGCUGGUCACAACUGUCCCGCCUUCACGGGCGUGGAUCUGUACAUCCGGGUUUACGAUGCUCUCGCCUUCUCGAUAAUGGGCAUGGAGAUCAUUAAGGACUCCCGCAUCGAAGAUACCAUUUUGUAAUAAAUUGGCUCAAGCUGUUAAAUAAAUAUUAAUAUAAA